GGGAUCGAAAAUGUUCGGCAAGUAAGAAAAAGAGAUGCGGCGUAGAAUGUGCGUUUGAUGGUUGACCGGAGUCUUUGAGCUGUCAACUACAUAAUCUGAUCACCCUUGAAUGGUAAUUACUGAAUUCUACCAAUACUAUGGAGUUCUGUGUAUACUGUAUGCAUUAAAAGUACAUGCCAGCAGAAUCAAAACUUGUGGACGUCGAAAACGCCUACGCUACUUCGAAUCAACAGCUGAUUUAAUCUCUCGAAAAAUUAUUACCUCUGGUGAAGAAUUCAAUCAUAAUCAAGUGCACACAUUACUGUUAUCCUUAAAAUCUCGUAAACCAUUAUCCCAUUCAAAAUUACGCUGUGAACCCGACGGGAUAAGAUUAAAGCGUAUUUCAAAGUUCAGUUCACCACCGCCAAGAAAAUUCUAUGCCUAUAAAGAUAUUGAACAUUAUUAUGUAUUUGAUAAUGACCCAACAAUUCUUAUUCUAGGCUGUAUUGAUCGGGAACAGAAUUCACGUUACUACGAUUUCUUUAAGCUACCUGAAUCACAUUAUAAGGAUAUUACAACAUUGAUUGAUAAAGCAAGAAGUCAUUCUGAUUAUGUUUUGAAUGAAGAUGACACAACGCUACCGACGCCAGGUGUUUAUUCAUCACAUUCUAGUUUAAAUGUAUCCACUGAACACCUAUCACAUAAUAAUAAUAAUCUACCUUCAGAAGAUGAUGUUCAUGAAAAUGAAAAUGAUGCGAACGUAGGCAUUUGCAAUAAGACAGAAAAUGAUAAUAUAACUAAGGCUUCAACGACUGAUCUACGCGGAAGUACAACUGAAACUAUUCAACCGAUUGAAGCACAGUCACUGCAACAGAACAUUGAUGAUCAUGAUGAUGUGAUCAUACAUAAUCAUUUUGAUGACCAUGAAGAUCCAAUUGAGCCUAUACUGAUCAAGUGUGAACAAGAGACAUGGGGAACACUUUUAAAACCCGCUGCUACACCUGAUCAUCCACAAGCUUCACCAGUAUCAAUGAAAGUGACUGAAGCACCACCAAGAGUUGUCUUCAACGAGCACGAUGAUAAUCCUGAUGACGAUGAUGAUGACAGUGAUACAGCUAGUUUAAAAAUGAAAUUCAAGGAAUUACAAGAGAAAGAUGAAACAUUUGCAAAAUUAAGUGAAAAUAUCAAUGUGAAUGAUUUAUGCGCUAUGGAUUUUCGUUAUGUAGCAACACAUCCUGAAUUGGGUAAUCGUAUCGCUGAUAAUGGUGAUAUUUAUAUUUUUAUUGCACAUUAUAAACGACCAGAGAAUAUUAGAAAUCUUCACGCUUAUGAUCCUCGAGCUUACACAGAUGUUGAUGAAGGCGUUAGUAGUAAACAUCAUAAAAAACAAAGUACCGCUGAUAAAAACUUUCGUUUACAUUAUAUUUAA